CUUGGAUGAAGAAGAUGACUAUGGCGGUAUUGGGUGGCGGAUUGCUGAACCCAAUUCCAAAAUCCUCCUCAUUUUUUGUAUCUUCUUCUUCUUCUCCUUCUUCAUCAUCAUCGGCUGUUAUUUCUUUCAACCGCCGGCCAACGCCACCGAUUCCUUGUUAUUCUAAUUCUUUUAUUACUAAUGGAGUUGGUGAAGGAAGAAGAAGAUUUGUGAGGUUUUCUGUCCCCAAUUUCUCCUCCACCAUUGCUUAUUGUUUUCAAAGAAGAACAGUCGGAGGAGGGUUUUUUCCUGCGGCCUUCUCCUCCACCACCACCGGUGUGAGAAAUGCAAAUACAGAUACUGCUACUCCGGCCAAGCAACAGCAGGGAGAAGAAGUUCAAGAGAAUGAGGAAGAGGAGGAUGAGGAGGUGAAGUUGAAGAAGAUUAAAGAAGCUGCGAAUUCGCUGGAUAUUAGGGUUGGGAAAAUCCUGGUUGCUUAUAAGCAUCCUGAGGCUGAUUCCCUUUAUGUGGAAGAGGUGGAUGUGGGUGAACCUGAACCCAGAAUCAUCUGCAGCGGCUUAGUCAAUUACAUUCCCAUUAACGAUCUCCAGCACCGGUAUGUGGUGGUUCUUGCUAAUCUCAAACCAAGGAAUAUGCGCGGUGUGAGGUCGUAUGGAAUGCUGAUGGCAGCUUCUGAUGCAGAGCAUGAGAAUGUGGAGCUUCUAGUGCCUCCUGAAAACUCAGUUCCUGGUGAGAGAAUAUGGUUUGGUUCAGAGGAUGAGAAGGAGACUCUGCUCGAAGCCGCAUCACCCAACCAGGUCAUUAUUCUCUUUGAAACUGCACAUUUCUUUUCUUCUUUUUUUCUCUUGUCUGUGUGCAUGGUGGCCCAUAAAAAUUCGGUUUUGAGACCUGCACUUCAAUUGAAGAUAUGAUCGAGGAAUUGGUGCAGGCAUUUAUAUUAACUUUUAGGCAUGUCAGUAUAGGAGGGUCUGAUAAUUUGUAACCCUUGGCACAUAGGCUGCUGGAAUGAGGAGUUGCAAGUAGAGUAAAUCCAACACUUCCUCAUUCCUCUUCAAAUACUGGAUAACAUGUCUCAAAUAUGAUGCUCUGAUUCUACAUCAAUAGUCGCCUUUCUUAUUUUUCUGCUACAUACUUUGGCUCCCUCUGUAGAACUUAAGCUUAUUCCAUGUUUUAGGACCGCUAAACCUUUUAUGCCGUUAUUCAACCACCUGCAGGUCCAGAAGAAAAAGAUAUGGGAGUUGGUUCAACCUCAUUUAAAGACAGACGAAUCCUGUAUAGCUGGACUUGGAUUAGAGACCAUGCGAACAGCUGGAGGUGUAGUGGUCACCAAAUCUCUGAAGAAUGCUCGAAUAUCAUGAGCCUGAUGUGCUUACAGGAUUGCUUGAAUCUCAAACUUGCACUAGGAUCCUGCCACCACUAUUUUUCUGAUCCAUACGUUAGUCGGCAAGUCAUUGAUUUUGCUUGUAAAUCUGGAGGAUUUUUCUUCCCAAUUGAGAGGGUUUAGUAAUUAGAUAGACAGGUGCCACAAUUGAUUUAAAUUGUAAGCCUGCAACAAUUCUCCUUUUUGAGGUUUUAAAGACUAGAAACUUGGAACUUGAGACUGAUUAUGGUUUGUAGGCUGGCAGUGUGUAGUCCAAUUAAGCAUCAAAUCAGAAGAUCGCGGUUGUUCUGUCUCGAUGACUGAUGUAGUGAAGCACAUUCAUGUGUUGCCUAAGUUGAUUAGUCUUUAGUUUUGUUAUCUGUCUCUUGUGAACUUGCCACAGUUGUGUUUAAUUCUAUAUAAUGGUAGGAUUUGAAGUGCCACAGUUGAACCCAUUGUUUAUUAUUAUUAUUAUUUUUUAA